CGCUUCUCGCUCACCGACUCUCGGUCUCUCUUUUUCGGUUGGAGCAUAUACAGCGUGACCGCAUCUAUGUGAAUCCACCGUUAUUCCUGCACCGUGUUCCAGUAUUAUUAUAUUUCAUGGUGGUGGGACUCCUCCUACUCCGUGGGUGGGUCAGCCGACUGUCACUUUGUUUACGUCGCUUAUGUAAACAUGCCUCGUCUAAAUGAGCAUACAUUUUUAUGUAGUGCUUAAUUUUGUGUUUAUUUAUUAUUUAGAUUAUCGAAUUUACUGAACAAUAGUGUGUCAAGUGAAGGAUUAUAACUGUGAUACAUGGAUAUUUGAAAUAGCAACAGAAAUGACAGAAACCGUAAAAAAUCGUAAGAAUUCAGACUUUGGCGUACCACUAGGAGAGAGUGACCCAGAAUGUGAAUCUCGAAGCAGUAAUUCUACAAAAAUUCCAGUAGUGAAAAAACGUAAGCGGUAUACAUUUGAGGAUAAACAGAAGAUAUUGGAAGAGUUAAAAAACUUAACCUCCCGUGAAAUAUGUACAAAGUAUGGCAUGAGCGAUCGUGUUCUUCGUAAAUGGAAACUUAACAAGAAUGUAAUAGAGGAUGCUGCCAACAAAAAUAGUACAAAAACAUUGAAAAAAGUUUCUAAAACGGAGAAACUUGAUGCUGAAUUGUUUGAGUGGUUUGAUGAUUGUCGCCGCAAUAGCAUUAUGGUUUCUGGACCAAUGUUAUGUCGACAAGCACUUGUCAUCAACUCCAGGAUUGGUGGCUCGGAAAAUUUCAAAGCUAGUAACGGAUGGUUAGAAAAAUGGAAGAAACGAACUCACAUCAAAGAUUUGACAAUUACUGGGGAGACACUGUCAGUCGAUGAGGAAGCUGUUAAUCUGUGCAUAGUAAAGCUUGCUGAGUUGAUAGCUAAGAAAAAACUUGACAGAGCACAAAUCUUAAAUACGGACGAGAGUGGUUUAACGUACAGAAUUAAUGUAAAUGAUUUACUUGAUCUCUUGAAAAAAGUUGAACGCUAGAAAGUGGUGGAUGCUGCCGCAGUAUUCAAUUUGAUUCAGAAAACCGACCAAGAAGGAGAUGUGGAAGAAUUCCAUUAGCAGCAAAACAUAUAUGCUCCAAGCUCUCAACAGAACGAAAAUAAUGUUGAUGAAGCAAUGAAUACGCGAUAAGGAACGGCAGAGAAGAAACACACAGGAAGGAUAUCCAGAAUAGGAGAGGACAGUAAAAGAAGCUGUGGAACAACCAAGGAACUCUUCGUAAUAUGGGAAAAGGUGACAAGAGAAGCGCAGCUCCGCGUUCGGACGCCAGCACGAACUUGGUCGGGAAAUUUACACAGAGCGUCAGAAGGAUCGUCCAGGAUGUCAAGGACGAGGGCACGUCCAGCGGUCAGAGCAAGGAGGAAGUCAUUGAAACGAACGAGAGGCUGCGUACCGUGAGAAUACGACUCGACGGAAGUUACGACACCGCGAAAAGGGCCCUGGUGGGACUCAUGUGCAAAUACACCGACAGCAAACAAGUCCGGAACAUCUUCCAGCGCUACAAGCUCCUCAAGUCCAUGGUCAAGGAUGUAAUUAGGCUCGAGACGCAGUACUGGACUCUGGUGGAUAUUCCUAGGCAGGAGAAACAGGAAACCGUACCAGCUUUCGUUCUCCGUGCCUGCGCGAUUAUGGAGAAAACCCACAAGAGUGGCGAAGGAGUUAAGACGUCGGCGAGACUUGCCGAGGAGGCGGAAAGCAAGAGAGAGCGGAUUGAGCGACUUGAAAAUAUGACUACGGCCCAGAUAGAAGCCGAAAAUACUCAGAUGACCAACGACCUUUAUAGAUUACUGAAGAAAUACAGUGGAUUGAGGAACCUUAUACGAGUUCUCAAGACCGAAUACAACGACUCGAAGAUGUACCCGAUGUUUCCUAGGUACACGAUCCUCAAGGACCUGAUCAAAGCCAUAAUGCACGAUCCAGACUACAUGGAAGUUUGCCACGAGGUGGAUCAAGCAUAGCGUCCUGACCCCCUCCACCGUUCUCCACGCAUGACUCUGUAAUUUUCAGAGUUAAAUAAAAAUGCUCGUGGCGAUGGUGAAGGGGGUGACAAUGCCGUACAAACGAUAUUAAGUAUGCGUACUAGGCUCAACGUCGAUGAACGUACCGUUUGACCGACGUAUACGAUACAGCUACCGCUGUACCGGUCUUUUUCCAACAAGUAAAGACGAAUCGAGACAUAAAGAGAAAAAGGAACAGAAACGUAAUCACUUAUAUAUCUUCGAAAGAUAUCGAUGAUCGACGCUGUUAGGUAGACGAUGAUCGAUCUUCUUAAUAUUACAUGUAUACAUACAGUGUACGUGUUGUCGAUGUCCAAGCCAAUAAAAUUCUUAGAGAUUGUACACUUGACCGACAGCUUUGACGAUUAGUGCGACGAUCGUCGAACAGACGAUAAAUCGUUUCUUAGAUAUCGAUCUAACAUUUUUACAUGCAUGCGGUUAGAGGAAAGUGGUUGAAAGAAAUUCUGAAAUUUUUCUUUCAUUGCCAUAUUGGAUUUUGAUAUCUCUUUGAUAUUGGAACUAUUUUGGCAUGAUUAUUACCAAAUUCGUCCACUUUCUUUACCGUUCAUUCUUGUCAUCAAUACUUCUUCAAUUUUAUUAUUUCUUCCGAUUGGUCAAGGAACUGAAAUUUUUUUUUUUCACGCAAUCGAACUGAAGUAGCAGAAAAAAAUCGGAGAAACGAUGCUGCGAUAACGUCAGAAAUUUAACGUUUGAAAAUUUUUAUAGAGAUAAAAGAAAAGAGAUAUUUUUCACCCCGUUCUAUACAGAAUGCGUGUAAAUAAAUCUACCGAUAUGGACGUUCGACUAUACAUAGACAGUGAAUAUGAAAAGGGAGAAAGAUGAGUGAUGCUGCAGUUUAUCUGCGAGAUAUUUAACGAGAUAUUAAUGAAUGAUUAUUGUAUGCUCGCUCAUAUUUUUUAUGCGAAACGAAGUUUGGAUCGAUCCAUCAAAGAUCAAAAUGAGAUAGCCGUUUGCACAUUGAAACACAAAGAAAAUAAUAGCAUUAAAAAUAAGAAUAAAUCGGUAUAUAUAAGUAACUACGAUAAAGAAAUAAAUAUUUUGUAGCACGUAAGUCAUAAACAGAUAUUUGUAAUUGAUUGAACUAACAUUCGUAACUUGUUUGUUCAAAUUUUUGGCGAACGAAAAAUUGUGAAAAAUAUAUGCGAAUGAAAAGUUUUCUAUAAUUAACUGAUACGUUGAAAUAUACGCGUAAAUAUUUAUAGGCAUACGGACAUAUAACGAAAAAAAAGGUUAAUUCUGAAAUACAGUAUAUAUGUGUUAUACGUUAUAACUAUUAUCACGAGUUCACCGUUAGAAAUAUUUCAACAUAUUUGUACUAAAAAGAAACACAAGAAUUAUUCUUCAUGCUUUCCUUGAACAGUGGGAAUUUAUUGCUGAAUUUUUUAUUUGGCAAAUAACAUUGUACAACUGUCCCACUCGGGGGAAAAAUUUAAUUUCCUUUCGAGAUAAAUUUCACGGAAUGAAUAUUGCGCCGGCUUUAAUAAUUUCAAAGCUCGUAAAGUCAGGGAUCGCCAUGAUAAAGUUAACAUCAGUUUCGUAAACAUUCUUGGUACGUAUGCGUGUGAACGAAUUCAGAAAGAAAGUUCGUGAAAUUUAUACAUAAUUCACGCGUAUGAUACAUCUAGACGAUUACCAUCCGCGUAUAAAUAUUUCAUAUGAAACAUAUCUAGGUGAAUAUUAAUAAAUACGCGAAUAUCAUGCUGUUCGAUUUUGUAAAGCUAUAUGAUAAAUUCUUAUCGAGUAAUUGAGGUGCGUAGGGUUGUAAUCCUCGUAACAUUGUGCCACGUUUGAAAUACUAGAUAAUUAGUGGAUGAAAAAUGGAACAAAAAAAAAUUAAAAAAUAAAAAAAAACCAUAAAAAAUGGAAAAACAAACGAAACGGAAAGAUAUCCAGUGAUCGUUGUAACAAUAUGUUUAACUUUGAAUUCAAUGUUGUAGUUCCUUGUAUAUUACACGAUUAUAAAUGAAUGCAUAUAGGUAUACAUAUACUAUGGCCCGAUACAUACACAUAUAUAGUGUACUUAUACAUGUGCUUAAUAGCGAAUGAAAGUUUUUCUUCUGAGCUUGAAUUAUGACCGAAUCGAGUUCGGGAAGGCAGAAAAAACGGUGGGAGAAUAUAGCAAGUGAACAUAACUAAGCGAAUCGGUUGGCUCAAAAUCAAACAAAUUUUCGACUCUAUUAAACGGUAUAUAUAAAUACGACUAGAUCGAAAAGCGAAACGUGAUGUGUUUUGGUGUAACAAUAUCGUGUCGUAGAUAUUGUUCACGUGAAAUCUGUGAGGAUAUUAUGAGUAUAUAUAACCUAUAUAUAUAUAUAUAUAUAGAUAACAUAAUACAUAAAUAUAAAUGGCUGACAGCCCGAAAUCAAAAUACAAAAUAUUAUAUCGCUAGCGAGAUAUUGAGAAAUUUGUUAAUUCGGUUUUCACAAAAAAAAAAAAAAAAAAAAUGGACAAUUUUCACUUUUUUCAAUGUCUAGUGAUAUACGUUUAUAGUAAGCUCUCUGCACUAUGUAUAUCGGUACGAUCUACAUUUAUACAUAUGUGUAGAUAUAAUCAAACUAAUCCAACUACACAUCAAAUAGCUAAUCAAACGGUUACUCGUCUAUACUUGCUAUAAUAAUAAUGAUAAAUAUCAAAUUAACACUCUAUCGUUCUACCGCCGGAUACGCUGAGAUUUGAAACACGCGAGUACGGAUAAAAACUAAUCGCUUUGUACAGUCUUUGUAAUUAUUUUACAUCACAUCCGCGAAUUUUUCGCUCCCCCGUUCAAUUUCACCACGACUCAGUCAGCAUUUGUUUAUUAGCGAUUAUUUGUGAAAAUUUUACCACCAAUUAAAACAAACGGCGAGAAAUAAACUAUUUCUAUACAUUUUACAAUGAAACUUCCUUCGGCUCCAACGGUUUCAGCAUCCGUGCGUAAUAGGUACUAAAUAUACUAAAUAUAUUAAUAUCUUCUAUCAUUUUCUCGGUGUUGAUUGUCCGUAUAGCUUCUGUCACUGUUCAAUCUAAUAAUAAUAAUAAUGAUAAUAAUAAUGAUAAUGAUAAUGCGAUGGAAAAGAUAUCGUUAGUAAACCGAUAACAGUACAAGUGUAUCCUAUAUUGAUUUUAAUGAUCAAAAUCGUUCAUAUCAAAACCAUAUCACCAUAAUAUAAUCAUCCCAACAGUAGAUUCGGAAAAUCAUUAAAAGCGGAUUACAAAAUUAGGAAACUGUAAUGAUAAUAAUAACGUCAUAUACCGCCAAGUGUCUCUAUGCAUGUACAAUUCGAUACAAAUUAAUCGUCGCCCGAACAUCUCGAAAGGAUAAACAAGUACCUAAAAUGAAACUGCCGGUUAUUUUUCAAGUUCCGUAUAUACCAGAGGUUUUAGUAUUGUUCAUUAACCUCGGCACUGAUAAUGGUUAAUCGAGAAAAGUCGCGUUUCGGAUAAAAUAGCAUCAAUAAAAUCGAAUACAUUGAAUUGGGAUGAUUAAAAUUAUUUAAACAAUCUGAGGCAUUAUUUUCUGUACGACGACGUACAGUGACUAAUGUGUAACUGGCAGUAUAUCGAGGAUGAAUUGAUUAUCUAAUUUACAAAGGCUAAUUCUCGUCGAGGGGGAAACGAAUUAACUGAGUUUUUAACGUCAUAUGUUGAGCUUUCCUUUAUCAAGAAACCGGGUUGUAUUAUAAUUAAGAAUUCUUGCGACCUGGGAAUGAGAACCCAACGUUGUAAGAAGCAUUGACAAAAUUUUUUUUCCAAUCAAAAUAAAAAAUGAAGUCGAAACUAAUAAUAAUAACGAUAAUAAGAAAUUAUAAUUAAAAUCGUGUUAUAUCUCUAGAUAAAUUAUCACACCGUUAUCAUAUGUUACAUUAUUAUAUAUGUAUAUGGAAAUGAACAUUAUAAAGUAGAAAAAUAUAACAGAGAUCUAUAUUACUUGAUGAUGCAAUGUCCUUGAAUUGAAUACAUAGUCAGCGUGCUCGCCUUUUCGAAAAAAAAAAAAAAAAAAAAAAAAAAAGAAAAAAAAGAAGUGUAAAAGACGAAAGUAGGGAAUGGAGGGGAAUAAAAAAAGGUAAAAGUAGAAUAAUGAUCGGAAAAA